UUACAGAAGGACUCGGAUUCCGGCUCGGCGGACGAACAGAACUUCUCGGUGGUGGUGGCCAUUGAUUUUGGCACGACUUCCAGUGGCUACGCCUACAGCUUCUCCAAGGAGCCGGAAUGUAUUCAUAUCAUGAGGCGGUGGGAGGGUGGAGACCCCGGAGUGUCCAAUCAGAAGACUCCGACCACAAUGCUUCUUAUGCCGGACAGAAAGUUUCAUAGCUUUGGGUUUGCCGCCAGAGAUUUCUAUCACGACCUGGACCCCAGCGAGUCCAAACACUGGCUGUACUUCGAGAAGUUCAAGAUGAAACUGCACAGCAGUACGGAUCUCACUAUGGAAACUGAUCUUAUCGCUGCCAAUGGCAAGAAAGUGAAAGCUCUGGAGAUCUUCGCCUACGCGCUGCAGUACUUCAAGGAGCAGGCACUGAAGGAGCUGAGUGACCAGGCCGGGUGUGAGAUGGAGAACAGCGAAGUCCGAUGGGUCGUGACCGUCCCCGCCAUCUGGAAACAGCCGGCCAAACAGUUCAUGAGACAGGCGGCAUACAAGGCUGGACUGGCGUAUCCUGAUAACCCGGAGCAGCUCAUCAUUGCACUGGAACCCGAAGGGGCUUCCAUCUACUGCCGAAAAUUGCGCCUUCAUCAGAUGAUCGACCUCAGCAAUAAGGCUGCUAUUAACGGGUUCAGCCCCACUGAUCCAGUCUUCUCUUCUGUGUGCUCAGCUAAGGACCACACGCGGAGGAACCGGCAGAGCCGAAUUUUUAUGGUGGAGAACGUGAUUGGAGAGUUAUGGUCAGAGCUGGAGGAAGGUGACAAGUAUGUGGUGGUAGACUGCGGCGGAGGAACUGUAGACCUUACAGUGCAUCAGAUCCGCCUACCGGAAGGUCAUCUGAAGGAGCUCUACAAAGCUUCAGGGGGACCUUAUGGCUCUCUAGGAGUUGACUACGAGUUUGAGAAACUACUCUGUAAAAUUUUUGGAGAUGAUUUCAUCGAUCAGUUUAAGGUGAAGCGCCCAGCUGCCUGGGUAGAUCUCAUGAUUGCCUUCGAGUCGCGCAAAAGAGCUGCCGCACCAGAGAGGACCAACCCACUAAAUAUCACCUUACCCUUUUCCUUCAUUGAUUAUUACAAGAAAUUCCGGGGUCACAGCGUGGAGCAUGCACUGCGCAAAAGCAAUGUGGAUUUUGUCAAGUGGUCUUCGCAGGGAAUGCUGAGAAUGAACCCCGACGCAAUGAAUGCCCUAUUCAAGCCAACCGUGGAUCACAUAAUUGAACACUUAUCCAACCUGUUCCAGAAGCCAGAGGUAAGCGGGGUCAAGUUCCUCUUUCUGGUUGGCGGGUUUGCAGAAUCUCCUUUGCUCCAGUUAGCUGUGCAGCAGGCAUUCGGCAAUCAAUGCCGUGUCAUCAUCCCUCAUGACGUGGGUUUGACCAUCUUGAAGGGAGCUGUUUUAUUCGGCCUGGAUCCAGCUGUCAUUAAAGUUCGGCGCUCGCCCAUGACGUACGGAGUUGGGGUCCUCAACCGCUAUGUGGAGGGGAAGCACCCAGCAGAGAAGCUUCUGCUGAAAGACGGCACACGGUGGUGCACAGAUGUGCUGGAUAAAUUCAUUCUGUCUGAUCAGUCUGUGGCUCUGGGGGAGACGGUGAAACGCAGCUACACGCCGGCCAAACCUUCCCAACUGCUCAUCAUCAUCAAUGUCUACUGCUCUGAGCGGGAAGACGUCAACUUCAUCACCGACCCUGGUGUACGGAAGUGCGGCACCUUGAAGCUUGACCUGACUGGGGUGGACAGCACGCCAGUCCCAACACGCAGGGAGAUCCAAACCAUCAUGCAGUUUGGGGACACUGAGAUCAAAGCCACCGCCCUUGACAUCACCACCUCAAAAAGCGUGAAAGCUAGCAUCGAUUUCUUAAACUAG